AUGGCCAAAGCCGUGGCCGAUGUCGACGGCCAGAAUACCGGCGGCUUUUCGACCGACGGCAGCAGGGUCACCGGCUUCUCCGCGCUGCAUGAUUCAGGCACGGGAGGGAAUCCCUCGCUGGGCAACUUCCCCCUAUUCCCGCAGUACUGCCCCGACGACGAGAUCAACAAUUGCAAGUUCCCCAAGGCUGCCCGUGCGGUCCACUAUGUCAAUGACUCUGUCGUCGCCCGACCAGGCUACUUCGCUCUCGCCCUGGACAAUGGCAUCCACGCGGACAUGACCGCGUCGCAUCAUGCCGCCCUCUACCGCUUCACGUUUCCCCCUGCGACCGCAUCCAACGGCUCGCAAUUGACUCCGCUCUUCCUGCUCGACCUGACGGACCUCUGGGACAGUCGCCAGAACGCGUCGGUUCAGAUCGACCCCCAGACCGGCCGCAUCACUGCCGACGGCACGUUCUUGCCCAGCUUCGGCGCCGGGAGUUAUCGCGCAUACUUCUGCGCCGACUUCGCGGGGGCCUCGCUGCACGACAGCGGCAUCUGGGUGAACGACCGCGCCGGCACCGAGCGCCAGGAGCUCUUCGUCACGCGCGGAUUCAACAACUUCUACCUCCAGGCAGGCGGCUUCCUCCGCGUCCAACGUCCCGACAGCGGCACCGUCACAGUGCGCGUCGGCGUCAGCUACAUCAGCACGGACAAAGCGUGCACCAACGCCGAAACCGAGAUCCCUCGCCCACUGGAGGACUUUGACGCCCUGCGCGAGACCGCCGAAUCCGCCUGGCGCGACAAGCUCCACCCCCUCGCCGUGCGACCUGGCGGCGUCAGCGACGACUUCCAGCGCAUCUUCUGGAGCGGCGUCUACCGCACCAUGCUAGACCCUCAGGACCUGACGGGCGAGAACCCGCUCUGGACCAGCGACGAGCCCUACUUUGACUCUUUCUACUGUAUCUGGGACUCGUUCCGCGCACAACACCCCCUCCUCACAAUCAUCGACCCCACCGCGCAAUCGCGCAUGGUCCGCAGUCUCCUCGACACCUACAAGCACGAGGGCUGGCUCCCGGACUGCCGCAUGAGCCUCUGCAAGGGCUGGACGCAGGGCGGCUCCAACGCGGACGUCGUGCUGGCCGACGCCUUCGUCAAGAACCUCACAGGCAUCGACUGGCCCCUCGCCUUCGAGGCCGUGGUCAACGACGCCGAGAACGAGCCGCUCGAGUGGUCCCAGCACGGCCGCGGCGGCCUCGCCAGCUGGAAACGCCUCCACUACAUCCCCUACCUCGACUUUGACUAUCUCGGCUUCGGCACCAACUCGCGCAGCAUCUCCCGCACCCUCGAAUACGCCUACAACGACUUCUGUCUCGCGACCCUCGCCCGCGGUCUGCGCAAGCCUGCCGCCGUCGCGGAGACCUAUCUCGCCCGCGCCGCCGGCUGGCGCAACCUCUACAAGCCGGACCAGCCCUCGCUCAUCAACGGCUCCGACACAGGCUUCGUCGGCUUCUUCCAGCCGCGCUAUCUCAACGGCACCUGGGGGUACCAGGACCCCAUCGCCUGCAGCGCGCUAGCAUCGUGGUGCUCACUGACGAGCAACCCGUCCGAGACGUUCGAGUCCAGCGUCUGGGAAUACCAAUUCUACGUCCCCCACGACAUGUCCUCCCUAAUCACCCUCCUCGGCGGCCCGGACGCCUUCAUCGCCCGCCUCGACUUCUUCCACACCUCCGGCCUCGCAGACAUGGGCAACGAGCCCGUCUUCCUCACCGUCUUCCAGUACCACUACGCUGGGCGCCCUGGUCUCUCUGCAAAGCGCGCGCACACCUACAUCCCGGCCCGCUUUAACGCGUCCGAAGGCGGCCUGCCCGGCAACGACGACUCCGGCGCCAUGGGCGCCUUCGCCGUCUUCGCCAUGAUGGGCCUGUUCCCCGUCCCCGGCCAGAACGUCUACCUCAUCACCCCGCCUUUCUUUGAGGAGUUGUGUGUCGCGCUGCCUGGGGCGGCUCGCCGGGCGUGUAUCCGCAACCGUGCGUUCGAUGCGGAGCGGCUGCAUGAGCGGGUGUAUGUGCAGAGCGCGACGCUGAAUGGGGAGGUGUAUACAAGGAAUUGGAUAGGGCAUGAGUUUUUUACCGAGGGGAUGACGUUGGAGUUGGUGCUUGGUGAGAGCGAGAGUGACUGGGGGACGGCCAGGGAGGAUUUGCCGCCGAGUCUGGGGGAGGAGGAUACGGUCCUCAACUUCAGGCGCUGUGGGCUCGCCCUCCGCCUCAGUGCCACCAUGCUCCUCCUCCUGCUCUCGCUGCUCCUCCUUCUCCUCUUCCUCCUCCCAGCUAUCAGCCACCUCCUCCUUCGGCAUCUUGAGCUGCUUGCUCGCCCCGACGCCGGACCGCAGCACCAGCUUCUCCUUCUUGCCGCCCCAGGACCCGCCGGUAUCGCCCGCCAGCGCGGCGUACAUACUGCCCGAGGACAGCGGGCUGGGGCUGGGCGCCACGAGCGGCGAACCGGUGCGCGAAAUCCCCGCGCCAUUGGCGGUCUUCCGGGAGGCGGCCACCUGCGCCCAGCCCCCACCGUCGGACCCGUUCAUCGCGGCCUUGGCCGCCUCGCGUUGGGCUUUCGCUUCGGCAGCCGCGACGCGCUGCGCCUCACGCUCUUUCAGUCGGUGGCGCUCGCGCAGCUUCACGCAUUCGCCAACGCUCAUCCCGCCAAUCCCCAUUGUUGCUGCUGGGGUCGUGCUGCUGCUACCCAGGCCGAACGGCGGCGGCGUCCAGCUUGUCGGCUUGAGCACGAAGACGUGUCGGUGUGGUUCUGGGUCGAAACUCUCGCUGGCGAAACCCCAGUCCGCGGCGAGUGA